AUGUUAAUGACAACUCCUAGAUACAGGACCACCCACACCGCAGCAACCGAGGGACCAACAACCAAGUUCAAUGACGAUUAUAACAGAGCCACCAGGGUGAUCAUUUACACCGCAGCAACCAACGGAAUCAGCAAAGACGACGAACCAACAAGCAACUCCAAUUACGACUGCAGCGAAGCCACCAUCAAGGGAAUCAACAACAUUUUAAGACACUGUGAGUUUUUUUUCAAGGAAAUAUACUCCACAUUAAACGACAAAGUCAUUGGAGCAAUCAAGCUGGUUAUCUCCCUUACCAUUCUCUGCCUGUGUCUGGUCGCCAUUGUCAAACUGCUGCACUCCCUUCUCCAAGGCCCCAUCGCUCUCAUCAUCAAAAAAAUCAUCAACGCGGACUUUCCCGGACCGCUGGGCUACCUCACCGGAUACCUCGCCAUCAUCAUCGGCGCCGGGUUGACCAUCAUCGUCCAGAGCUCUUCCAUCUUCACCUCCACCCUCACCCCGCUCGUCGGCAUCGGGGUCAUUGAACUCGUCCGGAUGUACCCUUUGACCCUGGGGUCAAACAUCGGCACCACGACCACGGCGAUUCUCUCAGCCUUAGCCAACACGGACGGCCUCAGAAACGCGUUACAAGCAGCCUUCUGCCACCUCUUCUUCAACAUCACCGGCAUCCUCCUGUUCUACCCCAUGCCCUACCUCCGCUUCCCCAUCCCGCUUGCCAAAUUUCUAGGCAACUGCACGGCCGAGUACCGCUGGUUUCCCAUCGUCUACAUCCUCCUCAUGUUCUUCCUCUUCCCCGCCCUAGUCUUCGCUCUCUCCAUCCCGGGCUGGUACGUCCUCCUCGGCGUCCUCGGGCCCGUCUGCCUUCUCUUCAUCAUCAUCGGCGUCAUCAAAUGCCUGCAGGCUAAACGUCCCCAGAGCCUGCCCAAAAAGCUCCAAGACUGGAUGUUCCUACCCCAGCCGCUACGGUCUUUAGAACCCUAUGAUCGCGCCAUGCAGAAAGUCUUCUUCUGCAAGCGGUUCCAGACAGACUCUACCGAGAAGACAGACACGGGUGCCACGUCAGACAGACAACAUAACGGAGAGUCCAGCACGCGACUUUAG